AUGGAAAGAUUCUUUAAAAGAAAAUCAGACUUUGUACCAAAGAACAUCAGUGUUGGGGUAGAGAUAAACUUGGCUGAUCUUCCUUCUGAUCCUGGAUUACGAAAGAGUAUUUCAAACUAUGAUCCAAAAAUAAGAGACCAAGUUCGAAGAGAAUAUUUACAGAGAGGUCCUCGUCAGCCUAAAGAACACAAAUUUCGUAAGUCUUCAUUUGGAGUUAAGGAAAGGAAGUUUAACUCUGCUUGGUUUGAUGAUUUUCCUAAUUGGUUGGAGUACAGUAUAGAACAGGAUGCUGCAUAUUGUUUGUGUUGCUACUUAUUUAAAACAAAUACAGGAGGACAAGGAGGAGGUGAUGUUUUUACUCAAACAGGUUAUCGAAAUUGGAAGGACAAGAAAAGGUUACAUGCUCAUGUUGGUGACCUCAACAGUGCCCAUAACCAAGCUUUGAGAAAGUGUGAAGACCUCAUGAAUGAGAGACAACACAUUCGAAACAUCAUAGACAAGAAUGCUAAGCAAUCCAAGAACAUCAUAUCGAAUUCGGCUUACUGCAUCAGUAGAUUGUAUUCGGUUUCUUCUAAGACAAGGUCUUGCAUUUCGAGGCCAUGA